UCAUCCUUAAAUGCUUCCUCCCUUCGUUCUCAUUAGAUUCUUCAAAUCUAGUAAAUGGUUUUUAUCUUAAAUAUUCCCUUUUAAUUAUUAUAUGAAAAACAGAUAAAAACCCCAUUCCAAAAAUGGAUUCUUCAAUGAAAACUGGUUUAAUGGCAGUUUUUGCCGUUUCCGGCAGCGUCGUUUUCGUCGCAAUGCAAGUCCACAAACACCUCCUCUCCAAAUUCAUGGACAAAAUCGAAUUCGAAAUCGGAAAUUCCACAGAGACGGUGGCGAAAGUGGAGCCGAAAAAGAAGGUUCGAUGGGCCGAUGACGUGGUGGAUUCGCCUGCGGAUCGGAGGGCUUGGGAAAAGGCGGCGGAAUCCGACGGUAAUAACGAUGAGAAUUUGGAGGCGUUGCCGGAAAAUUGGCAGGCUAUGUAUAGGGAGAUUUUGCAUGAAAGGCAUGUAUUGAAUUACUAGUAUUUGUUUGAAAUGAUGGGGAAUUAUGACCCAUCAAAUUAAUAUAAUGUGUGGGUGUAGAUGUGUUUCUUGUUUUAAGUGGUGAAAUAUCAUUGUAUGAUGCUUGUGUUGUUUUGUCAGCAUCUAGUUUGUAAAAAGAUUUAGUUGUUCUUUGAUAUUUCUUUCCUUUGGUAGUCUAUUUUGGGAAUGUAAUGCAAGUACAUUGUGUAU